AUGAAGCUCUCAUCCAUCUUCACGGCCGUCGUUGCUGCCCUGGCCACCACCGUGGCCGCCUCCCCCGUCGCAAAGCGUGACGGAGCUGCCGUCGUCGACACCGUGUCUGCCAUCUCCCAGCAGAUCACUGACCUCGAUGCCGUCGUCAAGACCUACAAUGGCGGCCUCAUCACUCCCCUCAAGAUCCAGACCAAGACCAGCAAGUUGACCUCUGGUCUCAAGAAGGCCAUCAAGACCGUCCAGGCCUCCGCCAAGUUCAACGACCAGGAGUCCCAGGCCGUCGCCACCGCCUUUGUUCAGCUCAAGCCCAAGAUCGAUACCGUGCUUGCGACCAUCACCAGCAAGCAGCCUGUCUUCAAGAAGGGUGUUCUCGGCAUCUUCCCGCUCGACUGGUUGGUUAGAUACAACCUCAAACAACAAAAGGACCUCUCGGCCAAGCUAGGGGAUGAGACCGUGCUCAAGCUGAAUGAGCAGUUUGCCAAGUUGGCGCCUUUGAUCAAUGCUGCUAUUGCCGAUGCUUUUGCCAAGGCAAUUGCUGCCUUUUCCUGA